UAAUUCUUGUUUAUUUUGUUUUCUUGUUAUUGCAGAAGGGAAAGAGAAGUCCAACAAUGGUUACAUCUUUUUCUCAUUGACUCAUGGCCCUGAGUUUCAUGCUUCCCAGGUAGCGAACGCCGUGGCGGUAGCCAAACAUCUUGGAGCAACACUAGUAAUCCCGGAUAUUAGAGGAACGAAAUUAGGUGACAAAAGGCAAUUUGGAGAUAUCUAUGAUGUCGACACGUUCAUCGCAGCCCUGAAAGAAAUAGUUAAAGUUGACAAGAAUGCCCCUGCCGAAUUAUCAUCGAAUGCGAAACUGUAUACCAUGAGAAUUCCCAAUGGAGUUUCCGAAGAUCUCAUAGCAUCGAAAAUCGAGCCUGUUUUCAAGCGCGAAAAGAACUUGAAAAUCGUCACUUACUUGAACGGCUCCUCGGGUAUGAACAAGCUGGCAAAACUUGACAGGUCAUCAAAUGCGCAUCAGUGCUUAGCGAUGUUCGAAAGCCUUAAACUCAAGAAAGAUUUGCAAGAACUGGUUGACUCGAUGGCCGGUACAUUGAGAAGCAUCAGCCGGAAAACUCGAGGCCGUUUUGUGGCAGUGGAUUUACGGGACGACAUGUUGGAGGGAAAAUCAUGCCAGGAAAAAAACGAUGCAGAGGAAAAAACGUGCUUUAACGCAGAAGAACUUAGCAAGUUUUUUAUUAAAAUCGGUUUCCAUUCAGACACGACGUUUUAUGUAACUCAGACAGGAUGGAGCAGCAACCUUAAUCCUCUCAGAAAAGUCUUUCCCAACACUCUCACAAAGGAUGCGAUAAUACCUGCUGAUCAGAAAGCGAAAUUCAUGGAUUUGAAGAGUCGUGAAUAUGAAAAAUUCAUCGACUAUUAUAUGUGCGUGGAAGGUGAUGUGUUUAUUCCUGCAUUUCGUGGGAGGUUUUAUGGGAGUGUUGUCGGGGAAAGGAUUGCGUAUGGAAAUACGCAGAUAUUUCUGCCAUCGAAGAACACUAGCUCGGAGUCUGCAGUGGAUUACAUAUCGCCUUAUGUAUCCAAGAAAAGCCAUGUGGCUUAUUCUUGCUACUGUUGAAGAAAGUUUCUGAGUGUAUGUAUGUAAUGUAAUGUAUGUACUUGUGUUUGAGGAUCUUUUGAGGUCCUAUGUCGAAUAAUAAACGUUCUGUUUCCGAAGUAUAU